AAGGGAUUUUUAAAACAAAAGCAUUGAAUACAUUGAAUGUUUGAAUUCAUAUAUUAUUAAUACAGUGUAUAACUGAUUGAAUGUGUUGUCCAAAACACACACACAUUAGGGGACGCAUUGAAUGCAUUAUAAGCGUAACGUUAUUGUGAAUGAAUGGCCAAUGAGUUGUUGAUAAUAGCAUUGAAUAAAUUGAAUGAAUGUAUGAAUGAAUGGAAAUAUUUUUUUGAAUAAAUUGUUUGAAUGUUUGAAUGCAAACAACAACUGAUUGUGUGAUUUAGCCAUUGAGUGACCAAUUGGUUGACCACUUGAUUGUCACCAAAAAAAAACUAUGAGUUCAAGCAUUUGCCAACACUUGGAGUCAUUUAAACAUAAAUAUGGUCUCAAUUCUUACCGAAUUAUUUACAAACAGUUCGUUUCGGUGGCCACUGAAGAGUCCCGUAAACUCAAGGCCCAAAGUUGUAUAUGUUUUACAUGUCGACAGACGAACUCUCGACUCCAUUCAUGUCUUUAUUGUGUAUUUUUUGGUUGUUUUACUGGACAUCACAUUCACGAUCACGCAAAGACACAAAACCAUUGUUUAGCAAUGGAUCUUUGCUACGGAAUGGUCUAUUGUUUCAUUUGCACCGAUUAUAUGCACGACAAAGACUUCGAGACAAUUGCUCGAAAACAGCGGCGAAAGACCAACAAAAUGGAUGGUAUUCGUAGCGCUCAGUAUUAUAUAUGGGAACCAACUUCUCAAGAGCUUCAAGUACUCAAAGAUAAUCCUCAAAGAAAACGAAUUACAGAAAAUUCACACAUCGGACUUCGUGGUCUUAUAAAUCUAGGAAAUACUUGUUUUAUGAAUUGUAUUGUUCAGGCCUUAACACAUACUCCACUACUUCGUGAUUAUUUUUUAGCUGAUCGUCAUAUUUGUCAGUUUGAAUCGGAUCCAUCCAUGUGUUUGGUCUGUGAAAUGGUCCGACUUUUUCAAGAGUUUUAUUCGGGUAAAAGCGCGCCACACAUUCCGUUUAGAUUAUUGCAUUUGGUUUGGACUCACGCCCGACAUUUAGCUGGUUAUGAACAACAAGACGCUCACGAAUUUUUUAUCGCAACUCUUGAUGUUUUACACCGCCAUUGCAGAGGCACAAACGGUCCAACAAGUAAUAGUCCGCAUCACUGUAAUUGUAUUAUCGAUCAAAUUUUUACAGGAAGUCUUCAAUCAGAUGUUGUAUGUCAGGCCUGCAAAGGCGUGAGUUCAGUUGAAGAUCCCAUUUGGGAUUUUAGCCUUGAUUUGGGUCCAUCGCUUCAUAUGCGACAACAAAAGGCUGCUUCAUCUUCUUGUUCAACAUCGACAGCAACCAACCAAACACUUUGUGAUGAAUCGGAACCAAAAUCAUUGAUCGAUUGUUUAGAGCGCUUCACACGACCCGAACAUUUGGGCAGUUCUGCUAAAAUCAAAUGCAGUUCGUGUCAGAGCUAUCAGGAGUCCACUAAACAGUUGUCGCUUAAGAAGCUUCCGGUUGUCGCCAGCUUUCAUCUUAAGCGUUUUGAACACUCGAGUCGAUUUCAUAAAAAAAUAUCAAGUUUUAUAUCAUUUCCUCAAUAUCUGGAUAUGACUCCAUUUAUGGCCUCAAAAAUUGGUUGUAAAGCUCCCAAUAGCUCUCUAAAUAACAACACGUAUAUCAAUGGGAUUUCAAAUAAUAACAACAAAUACUGUCUUUUUGCUGUUGUUAAUCACUCGGGAACCAUAGAGACCGGUCAUUAUACGGCAUUCAUUAGAUUACAUCGCGACCAAUGGUUUAAAUGCGAUGAUCACCUGAUAAUGCGCGCCAGUGUUCAGGAAGUGCUCAAUAGUGAAGGGUAUUUACUGUUUUAUCACAAACAGAUCUUAGAGUAUGAAUAAAAACACACAUUUUAUUGUGAGUGACACACAAAUCCGUGAUAAAGCAAUUUAUGGGUAUUUUUGCUCAAAAAAGCACUUAUUCUCAAACAACUAAACCAAACAUUUAAUUUAAUUAUUUUUAAUUAAUUUAUUUAUUUAAAAAAAUCAUUGAUUCGAUUCUCUCUAUACACACAUACA